CAGAAGCAGGGUGCGGGCAGACGCAUGACACCCUUGGACCCCCAGCUCCGCAGGGCCAUGCUCCUGGCCACUAUCUUGAUGCUGCUGCUUCGGGUAAAGGAGGUGAGGCCACAGAAGGGGGGUCCAGACCCUGCCGAGAACAGCCAGAAAGACAGCAUGCCUUCCACAGACCAGGACGAAGAGCAGUUUGAAGAGCGCUUCGUGGCCUCCUCAGUAGGGGAGAUGUGGCAGCAGCUGGACAUGACCCAGCAGGAGGACGAGGUGGCGGAAGCGGCAGCGGUGCGCGACCACCUCUUUGACCUGGCCUUCUGCCUGAACCUGGCCAGCAUCAUGGUUUUUUUAUGA